CCGUCGUGCAUCCUGUUCCAGCACUCCCGCGUCCCUCUCAUCCGAUACCAUUCCAGCGCCGUCGCUCUCUCUCUCUAUGGACCCAGCCACUAUGGAUCCGUCUGCUAUUGAAGCGCAAACCCCGGCCCCAGCGCCCGAGCGACGUGACCCGUCGUUCAUGUGGAUUCUCUUUGGCUGCUACGCCCUCACCAUCGUCAACCCCGUCACCGCUGUCUACUUUGAUCUCUCGCUCGAGUCCGCCCGCGGACUGCACUACAUUUCGCUACCGUUCCUCCGGUUACAUUUGGCGGCUCUUGCUGUGCUCGUUUUUGUGUCGAUCUUCAAGCUGCGAUGGGGCUGCUCCAUAACACAGCCCCUCGCCAUCUAUAUGUCCUCUGUCAGUGGCAUGUACGGAAUCUACUUUCUGCUCAGGACCAUCAGCUACUUCCACUCACACAAGGUCCCGACGUCAGACCACGAGUUCAACCCGAUGGCGCUGAUAUACAUGUUCUUCGUCAACUUGGCGGCGCUGGCUUGGGUCUUGACAGUGCAAAGCCAAUCAAAAAUCGAGUCCUAUUUCAGCGACCCUGCGGCCCCGCCUGGAUACCAUACUCUCAAUUCUGCCGACACCACCGAAGCCGGAAAGGUUCAGAUGGCGCAUACCAUGAUCAAUAGAGAAAUUUCGCACAACUGUUUUGUUCAAGCAUCCUAGACUCACCCCCGCACACAAUCGCACCCAUUUGAAUAUAGCGCAUUUUU